AUGAUUAUAUUUAUAUUACAGAAUAAUUUUUCUGGUGUAGAAGAAAACAUUAGCCCAGCUAAAGAAAUUUAUGAAAAUAACUUAUUAGUGGGAGGCAGUAAAAAUUGGACGCAUAUACGAAGUACAUGUAUAAAGACUUCAUAUACUGUCUUAGAAACUAAGCAUAUACAAGCAUUUGAUAUAGCUAUAGUCUGUGAAAUUACUGAAGCAUUCCUAUUGAAUGCUACUUUUAAGAUGAGCAAAUCGCCAUUCUAUAGAUCACACACAGAGGGCCACAUCAAAAGACUGCGCAGAAAAGUAUAUAAAAAGUUGAUUUUAUAUAGCCCGAAUUCAUAA